AUGGUAUCCCGAGGUGGCAAUUUCGAGCUUGGUUUCUUCACCCCAGGUAACCCUCACAAGUAUUAUUUGGGCAUUUGGUAUAAGAAAGUCUCUAAACAAACUGUAGUUUGGGUAGCAAACAGGGAGAGGCCUGUCUUUAACACUUCAUCUUUAGAGUUAAAACUCUCUGAAGAUGGUAAUCUAAUCCUUGUCACACACUCAGAAAAUAUUAUCUGGUCAUCCAAUUCAAUGUUCACUGCUUCAAACCUCGGAAUUGCAGUGCUCCAUGAUGAUGGCAACCUCGUCAUAAAAGAUGAUUCUACCUCUCAUGUUUCUUGGCAAAGUUUUGAUCACCCAACAAAUACAUGGCUCCCUGGUGCGAAGUUGGGGUAUGAUAAGUUCAGCAAAGAAAACCGUUUCCUCACUUCAUGGAGGAAUUCAGAAGAUCCUUCACCUGGGCUAUUCUCUGCUGAGGUCAACCGAAAUGGGAUCUUCCAUUUCUUCUUAGUGAUUAACAGGAACCGACCAUACUGGCCUUCUGGUAUUGAGGACAUGCUGUUGUUUGGCUCAGCUCCAGAUAUAGAGAAGUUUUACAGCUUCGACUAUGUAACAGAUGUGAACACAAGCUACUCCACUUAUUUUGUUCAUGAUAGUUCUGUUAUCUCGAAUUACAUGUUAGAUUUCACAGGCCAAAUGAAGUGGCGAGUAUGA